AUGGCUGUGAGGGAUCUGGUGGUGGUGGUGGUGGUGGUGGCAGCAGUGGUGACUCUGGUUGCUGCCGGCGGGGCAGAGCUGAAUGAAGAGAGUGGCCUGAGAAAGCCGGUGUGUGCAGACAUGGUUGACCUGCAGGCCUGCCCCCUCCUGUACUUGCCUAUCUGUGGGACCGAUGGGAAUACCUAUGCAAAUGAAUGCCAGCUCUGUGUGGAGCAAAUGAAAACCAGGCAAGACAUCCGGAUUCUGAAAGAUGGGGAGUGUCAAAAUACCUGAGCUUUCUGAUAGCUUUCCUGAACCUAGAAACAGGCAUCUGAGUAAGAAUACGGGGUGCAUCAUAUGGUCAAGUGAGCUCCCUGAAGUCAGUGACCAUUCUGCAAGUCUGGGAGCUCUGCCAGUGUCAUGGCUACUGUGCUUGAUCAGCUGGAAUUC